CCGCCCAGACCCGGACUGGACUCCCCCGGCUUCCCCGGAUCCUGGGCGUCAGUCUCCGCUCGGAUCAGCUCUCAGACGUCAACCAUGGGUGUGCGGGAUCUGGACUGGUUCUUCUGGACCACCUUUCUGGGCUUCGCGGUGUCGGUUCAGUGCGUAACGCGGGCAGAGUUCUUCCCCUUCGGCGAGAGCGCAGGAGACCAGGUCCUGGAGCCGGGUUCGGACCAGACGCACCGCCUGGGACUGGACAGACCCCUGCUCUUCUACGACGGAACCUUCGACAGCAUCUAUAUCAACACCAAUGGUUUUGUUGCGACGUCGGAGCCGAGUGGUGAGUCGUCGUAUCUCGGAAACAUGCCUCCGAAGUUCGGCAUAAUCGCCGCUCUGCAGGGUGACCUGGACACUAGCGACGGCGUGGGGCGGGUCUUCUACCGCCAGGACUCCUCCCCUGACGUCCUGCGCCAGGCGGCUGACCACAUCAACAGGGCCUUCCCCGAGGACGACGAGGUCAGCCCCACCCACGCCGCUGUGGUCACCUGGGUGGGCGUGGCCACUCAGGAAGCACCGAGCAGAGGAGACGGCAUUGACACGAGGAGGAACACCUUCCAGCUGGUCCUGGCAUCCUUGGAGACCGCCUCCUACGCCGUGGUCCUGUAUGCGAGGGACGGCGUCCAGUUCACGUCCACGCCGGUCGGGGACAGGCCCAUGGUGAUGCAUUCAGGGUUCAGUAAGGGUCUGGUUCGCGGUUUCCUGUUUUCCAGCCAGGGGCCGUACUAUCGGACCAGCACUGACGACGAGGCGUCCGUCCAGGCGUUGGCAGAGGAGACCAACUCAGGCCUGAGGGGGGUCUGGGUCUACGAGAUCGGCACAUCUCCGUAUUUCAGCAACGUGGCACCGGGUGAGGUCACCGACUUGCCCACCGAGGAGGAGCACGGAGCGUCCAAUCAGAGGCGUCCAUUUGACGGGCAGCAGGUGGAGUACCCCCCCUACGGGUCUGAAGGAGAACAGAUCCAGAUCCACUCGGUCCAGUACCAGCCUCACCAGCCCGACAACCCGGAGGUGGUCGUGGUCGACGACACAGACAUUAACGUAGACGUUUUUUCGUACAACCUCGGAACGUGUGCGAACAACAGGAAGAAGUGUUCCCAGUUCGCAGACUGUCAGGACUACAGCGCCGGCUUCUGCUGCCACUGUAGACCUGGUUUCUAUGGCAACGGGAUCCAGUGUGUCGCUGAGGGAAAGCCCCAGCGGAUGAACGGUAAAGUCAACGGGCGGGUUCUGGUGGGUGGUUCUGCGUCUCCGGUGGAGUUCAGCAGUAACGACCUCCACUCGUACGUGGUGGUGAACGACGGGCGCUCGUAUGUGGCCAUCAGUGACAUCCCGCCCUCCGUGGGGCCGUCGCUGCAGCCCCUGUCGGCCCUGGGGGGGGUCAUCGGCUGGGCCUUCGCUCUGGAGCAGCCGGGCUUCAAGAACGGCUUCAGCAUCAUCGGGGGGGAGUUCGUGCGGCAGGCCGAGGUGACCUUUCUGCCGGGGAACGAGAAGCUGACCAUCAGGCAGGAGUUCAAAGGCAUCGACGAGCAUGACCACCUGGCGGUCAGCACCACCCUGGAGGGGAGGGUCCCUGAGGUCCCCCGGGGGGCCACGGUGCAGAUUGACCCCUACUCGGAGAUCUACCAGUACAGCAACAACUUGAUCACGUCGUCUUCCACCCGGGACUACACCGUCAGCUUCCCCGACGGAUCCACCGAGACCAGGACCUACCAGUGGCGUCAGACCAUCACCUUCCAGAGCUGCCAGAACGACGAGUCCUCCAGAGACACCAGACCCACACAGAUGCUCAGCGUGGACCAGGUCUUCGUCAUGUUCGAUGCCCAGAGCGAAAUCAUACGCUUUGCCAUGAGCAACAAGAUCGGGGAUGUGAACGGGGGUCAACCUCAGGAAAACCCCUGCUUCACGGGUCGUCACGGCUGCGACACCAACGCCGUCUGUCGACCCGGAUCCGGGACCCAGUUCACCUGUGAAUGUGCGGCGGGUUUCAUCGGCGACGGACGUUUAUGUGAAGACGUGGACGAGUGCAGGGAGAAUCCUCAGAUCUGCAGCUCCCAUGCCAUCUGCAACAACCACCCCGGAACCUUCCGCUGCGAAUGUGAUGAUGGAUACCAGUUCGCCAACGACGGACACUCGUGUGUGGCGGUCGAUGGUCCUAUCGACCCAUGUGAAGAGGGAACCCACACAUGUGACAUUCCUGAGCGCGCUCAGUGCACCUACACCGGAGGCUCCGCCUACAUCUGUUCGUGCCUCCCAGGGUUCGUUGGUGAUGGGCGUGUCUGCCAAGACGUGGAUGAGUGCCAACCGGGUCGGUGUCAUCAGGACGCCAUCUGUUACAACACUCAGGGCUCGUACACCUGUCAGUGCAGACCGGGUUACUAUGGCGACGGCGUCUACUGCAGCUCAGAGAAGACAAAGACCCAGUGCGAGGCCCACAGGGACCGCCUCCUGGGAACCACGGAGAUCAGCAUUCGAGGGCCCCGCCCCCCUUACCCCCCUGUCGGUCAGUACAUCCCCACCUGCGACGAGAACGGCGCCUACGAGCCGACCCAGUGUCACGGCAGCAUCGGCCAGUGCUGGUGCGUGGACCCCAACGGACGCGAGAUCCCCGGGACCCGGUCCGGACCCGGAACCAGACCCAUGUGUAUCGACCACGGCGGCGUUCCACCCCCCAUCGGACCCACCCCUCGUCCCGAUGUCCACCCCCUGCCCCCGGGGACACACCUGCUGUACGCUCAGAGCGGACGGAUUGAACACGUCCCGCUGGAAGGUUACGACAUGAAAAAAGAUGACGCCAAACCUCUUCUACAUCUGCCCGAGAAGGUGAUCAUCGGCGUGGCCUACGACUGUGUGGACAAGAUGGUUUACUGGACAGAGAUCACGUCUCCGUCCAUCAGCAGAGCCAGUAUCCAGGGAGGAGAGCCCACCGCCGUCAUCACAACAGAACUGGACAGUCCUGAAGGCAUCACCGUCGACCACCUGAGCCGGACCAUGUUCUGGACCGACUCCGUGAAGGACCGGAUUGAGGUGGCGUCUCUGGAGGGAACUCAGCGCCGUGUCAUCGUGGACUCGGACCUGGUCAACCCCAGAGCCAUCAUCGCAGACCCCCCCAAUGGGAACCUUUACUGGGCCGACUGGAACCGAGACGCCCCUAAGAUCGAGACGUCGUACAUGGAUGGAUCGAGUCGACGGGUCCUGGUGAAGGACGACCUGGGUCUGCCCAAUGGUCUGACCUUUGACCCCCAGAGCUCUCUGCUAUGCUGGGCCGAUGCAGGGACACAUAAGAUGGAAUGUAUGAACCCAGGAAGAGGAGACCGACGACAGGUUCUGGAGGGGAUCCAGUACCCGUUUGGAAUCACAGCGUUUGGAAAAAACAUCUACUACACCGACUGGAGAAGGGACGCCGUGGUCGCUGUGGACCGUUACGCUGGCAGAGAAUCAGACGAGUUCCAGCCUCAGAAACGAACCAAACUGUACGGCAUCACCGCGGCGCUGUCGCAGUGUCCGUCAGGACAAAACUACUGCUCCGUCAACAAUGGGGGCUGUACCCGCCUAUGUUUAGCCACACCCACCGGACGCACCUGUACGUGUCCGGACAACGUCGUGGGCGUGGACUGCGUGUAACGCAAUGGCGGCUACUGAUGUGAUAUGAUCUUAUACAUGAAUAUGAACGUAUACAUGAAUACAAAUGUAUACAUAUUCAUGAAUAUGAUCGUAUACAUGAAUAUAAAUGUAUACAUGUAUACAAUCGUAUGCAUGAAUAUGAUCGUAUGCAUGUAUAUGAUCGUAUCGCUGCUGAAAACGCCGCUGAAAGCUGCAUCGAACCUCAGCGUUCUGCUUCCCACUCACCUUUGCCUUUGUUUUUAUAGAACUGUAAAUACAAACACAAACAUGUUUACUGGUUUCCCGGAUGCACAUGAACCCAGGAUGAAGCUCAAGGGAUAAAUAAUAAUUUAAUGUGAACUUUGUACCAGAUUUGCAUGACGUCAUCUCAUGUCUGUUGUGUCGGUCAGUGGAUGAAUUCCAUCCAGGAACUGAAAUAAACCUUUUUCUAACAGG